AUGCGUGAGAGAAGUACUAAAAGUGUAAACACCAAUGCAGGGCUUAGCUACGACACUAACGAACCUGUUUUGAAGAAUGAGUUUGAAAAGUACGGUCAUGUUAUAAAUGUGAGAGUAAUAUGCGAUCACAUGAGCGGGAAAUCAAAAGGUUAUGGCUUUGUGGUAUUUGAUUCAGAAGAAGCAGCUGCUUGUGCUUUGGCUUCCAUGAACAAUCAGUUACUCGAAGGCAGAAACAUCAGAGUCGAAUAUGCUCAACCUAAAGGAGGUUUAUAUCAGAAAUGA